AUGAAAAAGCAGCUGCUUGGCAGCCAGAACAAAUCUACGACUCGUCUUGCAGAGGAGGGACAGAGUCCCACUACCAAGACACAACCAUCAUCAUCACCCUCAUCACCCUCAUCAUCGUUCGUUCAAAAUGCCAACAAGAGUAAGAAUAAACGCUUAAAUCCACGUGGAAGUUUGAACAAUUCAUUCAAGACGACCACCACUACCACAUCUUCGGAAGGAGCCGAAUCAGCAGUGGAGGCUCACUUGGAACCUCAACAACAACAACAUCAAAAUCAGGAAGGCCUACCAAGUUCACCCUUGUUGGAAGUACCAUCUUCCGUUGAGGAGGAAAAAGCCAGAAUAUUAGUGGCCUUGGAUGAGGACGGAAGAAGGAGCGCCUCAACACCAACUCCUCAGCAAAAAUCAUCCUCUUCUUCCUUGAUGCAGAAUGGAGCUUCUCAUUCCAAUAUGAAUGACAACAACAACAACUCGCUGCAACUGGUUCCUCAAGAACAGGAAGAGAAUGACGACUCGACCAUUCGUACUAAGGAUUAUGACGAUCCCAUCAUUGACCCAAAUGAAAUCAAUAAUAACAGAAGAGUUAUCUCUCCUCAAGAAUUGGUUGAUUCAAACUCUCUCACGGAUAUUGUAAAAAACAGAGUUGACAAUUCACUUGCUGGAAUUUAUUUGAAUGAGACAAGCGACAACAACACCAACACUAAGCAGUCGAAAGGGGAUGACGAUGAAGACGUUCUAGAUAGAGAAAUUAGAGAAAUGAGAAAAUCAGCUCAAGAAAUCGAAUACGAUGAAUUGGAAGGCCUCAUUGAUCGACCCGAAAUUCACUCCCUUAAACCACAGUAUUUUUCCUCUUCUUUGAACAGGGCCAAACUCUCUCCUUUGACAAGCAAGACAUCACAAACUGAAAAGGUUUCUUCUUCAGAAAACUCAGAAAUGAAUUCACAUUUCGCAAGUACUUCCUCAUCACGUUUUGCGACAAGUCAAAGCGAGAGAAAAUCAGACACCGACACUGCACAAGAUCAGUACCUCAAACCUAAUGAUCGACUUAGUCCUGGAUUCAACAUGUCUAGAGCCUCUUCUUCAUUCUCUAUCGAUUCGAGCAUUAGCCAAGAGGAGACACCCAAUGAGCACGAAGACGCAGAAGCUCAAGAAAAAACCUAUGAAGAUGAAACAUUUCGAAGAUAUCUAAAAAUUCCACCUGAGGAAAGGGAGCGACUCAAGAAUCGACAAGCUGAGCUUCCAAUUCGAUUCGAUGAUUUCAUAGCCCUUCACGGUUACUCAAAGCAUGAGCAAAAAAUUAAGCGAGAAAAGCGAGAUGACUAUAUGUACGAUUCACUUGCAUUUAUUGAUAGUCAACAUUUCACCUACGAUUCUGAAAAAGAUUUUCUCAGUGAAGAAUCAUCUCCUGGGCCGCUGGGGGUUGUACAAAUGGAAAAAAAGAACAAACGAAAAAAGAAAAGAGUUAAUGACCUCAAGGACUAUGACGAUCAUGUCGCAACAAUGACUGAACAACAAUUUAAGGCCCAUUCAAGUGCAAAUAAGCAAUUCAGAGAGAUGCAACGAAAAAUGCAAAAUCGAAGGAAAAUCAAGCAAGAGGCGCUUCAAAAGCAUGUAAGAGCAACGGAAGAAAUGGUGCAAAAAGUCGAGAGACGAUCGAAAAUAUUCGGAGAAUGGGCCCAGCAACAAGGAAUAAUAACCAGUGAUGUUUCAAAUAUCAUUCCAAAAUUAAAUUUUGAGUCAGAAGUGAAGGAAAAUGAAUCUACCUCAACCGACAGCUUUUUCAUUACUGAGGACAAUGAAGACAAUACAAAUCAAAAUAAUAUUGAUUUACUAGAGAGAAGAAAAAAGAUGAAACAACGAUAUAUACCUGCAGACCCCAAGAAAUUUGACACCUCAAUCUAUCAUCGACCGAACACAGACCGACAGCAUCACACCAACAGCCAAGGGAAUACCAUAAGUGUAUGCUCAUCCCUUAAUUACCAGGAUCACAAAGAACGAACCUCCAGCAUGCCAAACAUUAGUAGAUGUUCCAAUCAAUCGGUUGCAUAUUUAAGCUUUUGGGGUAAAGCAACCAUUCCAAAACGUAAAAAGAGCACCAUUCGCGUCAUGGAUAGCAUCACCAGUAACAGAGAUAUUGGCCAUAUAUUGAACCCAGGAGGAGGAAAGCCACACUCUAUCAAGGACCAUUUACCAAAGAUUUAG